AUGCUCCAGCUCGCGCUCAUUCAACAAAUGGGUGAGGGAGCGGCACCACCAAACAAGACGCAGACGUACCAGCAGUACCAACGUCCCAAAAGCAAUCGCAACAUGACCGAGUAUAUCCAGGCCAUGGUAUCGCUCCAGACGCGAUUCGAGAAUGUCACCUUAAAGGCAGAAGCGUUGGAAGCGAAAAGUUGGGACAAAGUGACGGAGAUGAACCGCGUGAUCGAUUUUCGACUGUCACAGCGUCGUAUCUCAGAGCGAGAAGAUCGGGUAACGUUACCUUCUUUAGGCUUUCGAAAUCUGGAGACAACGACGAGCCUGUUAUCGGGCGUUGACGACGUUAUAAAAGGAGCUGUGGACGCAGGCUCGAUGGAGCAACGGCAGCAGCAAUCGGAUAUCAAUUUAGAAUCAUUACAAGCUGUAAAGGACCUUAAAUCAAGGUUCGAACAACUCGCCCAGUAUGCAUCAUCCAAUCGAGUGGGGAACGGCGUUAACCAGGACGACUUCUUGCUCGCCCCAGCAACAAGCCCCAGACCGCGCGUCUCAUCCAAUACCUACCUUAAUCUGAAUAAUACAGAAUUGAACCAUCAACUCAGACCUUCAUCAUCGUCUUCUGAUCUCACAGUCCCUCUGAAGCGACCUCCUCCGCCUCCACCACCUCCACGGGGCUCAAAGAUUAUUCGAUCACCUUCUCCUUCAGUAUCUCCACCAUCUCCCUUGACUCGCCCAGUCCCCAUUCCCCAGUCUUUGUUGGCGAGCUCCUUUUUGUUGAACACUCAGCAAUCAGAUACAGGGCUGACACAACGCAGUGUCUCAGCCUUCAAGGGCAGAUUUGGUAGUCCGCCUUCAUCUUUAAGAUUGCAUACCCCUCGUCAAAGCGUAUCGGAGUCUUAUCCCGAGCGUCCUUCCUUCAUUGCUCCCAAACCCGCCAUACCACCUCGACCCUCAGCUCUUCUGGCACCGUCACGAACGGUGUCGCAAGACUCAACUACAGAAAAAGCCCGGCGCAGCCCGUUUUCGGAUGAUGAGGAGCAUGAUACGGGAUCCGAUGGAUCUCAAGGCUCCACCAAUGUACCCCCAACCAUUCCCCCAAGGAAAUUCCAUCACGAGCGGCCUCCUUCUCAUCCAGGCAGAUCCGUGCGAGAGUCGAGUGACUCUUCAAAUGAGAAUGACGUACGGCCUAGUACACGCCCUUCAAGCAUGAUGAUCCCCCCUCGUCGUCCUUUGUCAUCAAUAUCCCCAUCCAGCGACCUCAUAUCAUUAUCUCCAGCUCCUCAACCAGUGCCCGCUCCUUCUGUAGCAUCUCCACCGCCCCUUCCUGUGCGCCGCAGCACACUUGCGCCCCAGCCCCAACCUCCGCCCGCAGAAAUAACUCAGCAGCCACGGCCACCACCUCCACGCCGUCUCCCAAGUCGCACGCAGCAACCCGCAGUAAUUAUAGGCAACAAUAAUAACGGCGUCGUGUACGACUCCCCAGCUCCUUCCCCCGUGGCUGAGCGCAGGCCAGUUGGUACCAGCAAGCUUCAGCCACCACCCACACGCACGAUUGGGCUUGGCGAGAGGCUGCCUGCUAUACGCCCUCCCACCUCCCCCUCAUCGGAUGAUGAUUCCGGGGACGACGAAGAUCCAAAGGUACACACCAUGGAUUCUUUGCCAGAUAGCAGCUCCUCCUCUCGUCGUCCACCUACACUUUCCUUCCGUGAUGGCUCCUUUGCAGAGCCUCGGAUACAGGUCCACGCUCAUACGGGAUGUGUUCUAGCCUCUGGGUCGCACAUCGUUGUUGCGCAUGGACAUCAUAUGCGGAUAUACGAUCUGUCACUGUCAGAUGUUCCCCUGAUCUGCCUCGACACGAAAGAUAUGGCUAAAGACGCCAAGAUUACGUGUAUGGAGCUCAGGCCAUGCGAUAGCAAUUCAGAUCGCGGAUUUCUUCUGUGGGUGGGGACGAAGGAAGGCCAUAUCUUCGAGCUGGAUAUCAGGACUGGGGCCGUACUCGGGAUCAAGCACGCAGCACACAUACAUCCCAUUACGCACAUGUUCAGGUACGCUCGGUCCAUGGUCACCCUUGACGAGUCGGGUAAAGCUCUGGUGUUCGCUCCGGACAAUUUCGAGAUUUCUCUGGCAAACACCCAGCCUCGUGUGGUGCGAACGACGGAGAAGCAAGAUUUCGUGAGGCUUUUUGGUGGAAAAUUGUGGACUGCGGCUCGUUCGGAGCAUCAUGGCAUUGCAUUGACGCAGAAGAUGCCUAUUAUCCGGGUGUACGACCUUUUUAACCCUGCGAGUGCCGGACGGUCGUUGUUGCCUAAUGAGCACGUUGGAGCCGUUACCUCAGCUACCAUCUUGCCUUCGCAUCCGGACAUGGUAUACGUCGGACACGAGGAGGGGUUCAUCACCAUAUGGGCGUUGGAGACGGACGAUGGGUGGCCCAAGUGCGUGGAGGCGGUGAAGGUGUCGACGUCGGGCGUGCUGAGCUUGGAGGGGGUGAAUGAUCGGUUGUGGGCUGGAAGUCGGAAUGGGAUGAUCUCGGCGUAUGAUGUGUUGUAUAAGCCGUGGGUGAUGACGAAUUGCUGGAAUGCGCAUCCGGGGUUGCCUGUGAUGAAGAUUAUGGUCAACCAUCAUGCUAUUGAGCGGACUGGGAGGCUGUGUGUCGUCAGCAUAGGACGAGACGAACAACUGAGGCUUUGGGAUGGGCUGUUGGGUUUGGAUUGGGUUGACAAGGAAUUAUCAAAGAGAGAAACAUCGUUCAGCUCAUUCCGGGAAAUCACAGCUCUGGUCGUAUCAUGGAACUGUGAUUCAGCUCGUCCGGACUCGCUCAACGACGACCCCAUCAAUCGUGAAUUCUUUAACGAAGUUCUGAACAGCGUCCACCCUCCGCCCGAUAUCAUCGCCUUUGGCUUCCAGGAGGUCAUCGACCUAGAAAGCAGGAGGAUGGUCGCCAAGAACGUCUUGCUCGGUGGAAAGAAAAAGCCGGACGAUGCAUUGUCGGACAAGGUCACUGGUGCCUAUAAGAGAUGGUAUGACCGGCUUGUUAUCGCUGUGAGGUCGGCCAUGCCAAGAGAUGUGGAAUACUCUGUGAUCCAUACGGAAAGCCUUGUUGGGUUGUUUUCUUGCGUCUUCGUCAAGAACACGGAGUGGUCGCAGUUCACUGAUGUAUCGGGAGGGAUUGUCGCUAGAUGCGUGAUAGGUGAUUCCUCAUUGUGUUUGAUCAAUUGCCAUCUUGCUGCUGGUCAAAAGGCGGUUCGAAGAAGGAACGCGGACGUAGCUGGAAUGCUUGAAGACAGGGCUGUGUUUUCACCUUCUGACCAUCAAUUGGCGUAUGUAGGGGGAGGUGAUGGGUCCAUGGUCUUGGAUCAUGAGUUCGUUCUUUUCAACGGUGACAUGAACUACCGCAUCGAUCAUCGGAGAGACGCCAUCAUUGCAGCUAUCCGGACAGGGGAUCUAUCGAGUCUCCUUACUCAUGAUCAGCUUCUCCGAGAGAUCAAGUUCAACCGCGGAUUUCGUCUACGCGGCUUCUCUGAAGGACCACUCCUAUUUGCCCCAACUUACAAAUACGAUCCACGUUCCAACGAGUAUGACACCUCCGAAAAACGUCGCUCACCCGCAUGGUGCGACCGCAUCCUAUUCCGGUCUCAUGUUGCGAGUCGGAUUCGUCAGCUUCAUUAUCGUCGGUAUGAAGCAAACGUCUCGGAUCACAGACCGAUCUCUGCUGCGUUUGCCCUCACGGUCAAGAGUCUUCAGCCUGAAUCCAGAGAGAAACAAAAGGCGGUCGUGGAGGCCGCUUGGAUCAAGGAGCAGACGAGGCUCCUGGUUGCUGCCAAAGAGUUUUAUGUGAGGCAGGCGCUCAUGUAAUCAAGUGACAAGGACGCCACUCUUUAUCGCGGGUUUUAUGGGAUUUUUUGCACUCAGGUCUAUCCGUUCAUCUGUAACAUAUCCUUUUUCAACGGACCUUUUUUCCCCCUUUACCCUAUCAUACAUGUAGCACUUUACUUUUUGUUACUUUACCGGAGUAGUCUCCUUGGACACGGAAUUAAUCGAUAUCCCUGC